AUGCGGUCAAUAGCUUCGGUCGUUGCAACGCUUUUUUUGUCGGUGUUGUUCCUGAUCCAGGCAGCAGACGCGGCACUCUCAGAGCCCAAGCUGAGCUACGUGCUGAAGUCGGCCAAGCUUGCCCUGUCCGCCGUCGAUGGCUCAUCUCGUCUCUCCAAGGACUUCUCGACCCAUUCGGACUACUCGAAGAACACUUCGCCCUUUAGUCUAUCCAGUCCAACGCAGUUGGAAAAUGACGAUGUGAUCAGGCUCACCCUCAAUCUGGGGGUGGAAGACACAACGGGAAACAAGGUUGCCGGCAGCAAGGACGGAGCUGCACUCGGAAAGGAGCAUGUGCCUCAUCAGGCUUUCGUGGUGCUCGCAUCCGAACAGGAUGAGGGCGCAUCUCACGCUUGGCCUGUGGUCGUCAAGCCUAGCACUGGAAGGGUUUCGUGGAACUUGAGAAUGGACAGGAUUCCAGCCUCGCUUCUUCGAGCUCGUUCGCCAUUGAUCCUCUCGCUUCUCAUCGCUAACUUCCCUAUCAACUCGGCUCCAGAGGGUGCAUACUCUCCACUUUCCCUGCCUCUUGCCUCUCUCACUCCACCACCUAGCCUGGUAGAUGCUGCAGUCGAAUCAACGUCAUCCUCGCUCUCAGCUCGUCAAAAAGCUGAAAUCGAACAAGGCUUCCACGGCCUUCCCGAGCACAAGCACACUUUCGGUGUCUCGCCCACCGAGACCAUGCCCAGCACCAAGAUCAGCGGUCUCGCCUCGCUCGUCACCGCCGGUGUUCCAUGGCUGUUUUUGCUUGCUGCACUGGGCAUCAUCAAACCAGAAGUUCAAUCGCCGUCUUCGAAAGCACUGGUGCUGUUCGCAGCCUUGGUAGGCUUGGAAGGUCUGGCAGUGAGAUAUUGGAUCGGACUGACGCUGUUCCAGAUGCUGCCGCUGUUGUUGGGUGGCGGUCUGGUGACUGCAGUUGUCGGGAGGAGCACCUUGGGCGAGCUGAGAAAGAAGCGUUUGGCAGUUUCGUCGUAG